AUGAUCACCAUCUUCUCCUUCCUGCACAUCCUUGACGGGAUAACCGACCACCUCAAAGCGACCAACGACCGCGCGACACUCAUGGCCCUCCGGGCGACCUGCAAGAGCCUGCACGGCACGCUCACGCCUUACCUUCUCUACCACGUCAAGAUCUCCGGCUCGGAUACUCACUGCUACGUCAGUAGUGUCCACGGUGCUCCGGGCAUCACCGCACAGUGGGCGCACGAGUCUGCUUCUUCGUCAGGAGCAGCUAUCACUCCCGCCCAGACAUCUUUCCUUCAGACCUCGACCGUGUUCUUCCUCGAACCGACACUCACGCUAUCGGCGGCCUUCCACUUGGCCCAAUGGCCCACAAUGCAAACCCUGAGGUGUAUUAGGCAUAGCCCGAAGGGAUACUGGCCCUUGUCGUGGCCCCCACUCUCAGCCCACAAGGAGGUCUUUUUUCGCAACCUCACGGCUACGGGUUACAUCUACCGUCUCUGGCUCAACUUCAACGUCCGAGAGACCACAAAGACUGUGGUGGUCCACGUGUCAUACGACCCUGCCCUUGACCCUUGCCUUGACCACAAUCGUAACCGUGCUAUGGUGCCCCGUUUCUCCCCAGGCCAAGCGGGGAAUGUGGUCAUCGCCCUCAAGGCGCUCGCAAGCGGCGAAACUCGCCCCGACCCCGUCCCGCCGGGCGCGACGGCCGCACUUACACUCGUCCUCGCACUCAUCUGGUGCAACGCCAACCUCGAGCGCAAGUUUACCGUCGUUGGGAUGGAGUCGGCCGACUGGCGCUGGCUCGGCUUCGAGCACGAGGUGUUUGACGACGACCUCCUCACCCGCGUCCGGCAGCGUAUCUGCCACGGCAUCGAGCACGACGACCUCUCGACUGUCGUCUGUUCCGAGGACGAGAAGCGCCACAUGGACUCGCUCAUCACCUUCCUCACUCUCGAGGAGUACGAGGCGCAAGUUGGGCCACUGCAGUUCAAGGUCGACACGGACAUUACGCGGAAGUAG